AUGACCCUCCCCCCAACUCCCGAGGACUUGGGGCUGCGGAGUUUGAAGGAGCUGCGAGAGAUGUUGAGGCGCCAGGAGAGACUCUUGAGCAACGAAAAAUUCAUUUGCAAAUGGCCCGACAAAGGUAAAAAGAUCUUAGCCUAUGUUGCCAAGCUGAAAGCAGCCAUUGCAGAACAUGAGAAGGUUAGAGGAAACUGUAAGCUGUUUGAUCCUGCUAGUUUAAAUUCUGAGCUAAGACAAAAAGCACCUGAUAUUGAUGGGAACACAAAUCAGGCCUGGAAUUCUGGCCAAAUGCUUGAUGGGUCAUCACUUGUUCUUGCCUCCCUCAUAGAGAGCAACGUAGCAUCAAAAACACCCACACAGCUCGGAGGUUUUGUACAGCCUGCUUCCAGAGGAGAUGAAGGGGUUACAGAGAUUGAGAACCCAGUGAGCAAACCCCCCACUUCUAGUGGCAGAGCCACUGUGCCUCCUUCUUCUGAAGCCAUUGAGCAUCUCCCUCAGCAGUGUGUUUCAAGUCAAACAGAAGAUAAUUGCAGCAGUUCUUACGACCUGUUAGUGGAUCGAUUCCAAAGGAUCACAGUUUCAGAUGAGCAUUCCUCAGAAGAAACUACGAGUACUGCGAACUUAACAGGUCUUGGAAGUGGGGCUCAGAAGAAGCCUCAUUUCAUGGAAGUUUUAGAAAUGCGAGCCCAAAACCCAGUGCCCUCACCCCAUAAAUUUAAAACUAACGUUUUGCCUUCACAGCAUACUGACUCCUCGAGUUACGGUCAACGAAGAGGGUCUCCUAUUUCUUUGGAAGAAAUGGCGCGCAGAGACAAGCAGCAUCUUGAUGACAUCACAACAGCUCGUCUUCUGCCACUUGAUCACUUGCCUGCACAGCUGCUUUCCAUUGAAGAGUCUUUAGCACCGCAGAAACAGCAGAAGCAGACCUAUGAGGUGAUGCAAGCUAAACUUGCAGCGCAAAAAUUAGCUCAAAAACUGAAUAUUAAAAUGCAGAGCUAUAAUCCAGAAAGUGAUAUCUCAAGUAAAUACCAAGAAUUCAGGGAUGAAGACAACGACCAGUCCUCUGAUGAUGAAUUCUAAAGAUGGCACCUGGAUCACAUCCUUAAUCUCUGCUUGAGGGCCUGGCAUGAUCUUAUAACAAGUAUCACAAUCAGUGUCAAACGUUGCAGCUACUCGAAGAGCACUGUAAAAAAUAGCCUGGUUUUUCUCUCAGAAGAUAUCUUUCAUGUGUGUGGAAAGAUUGAAUAUUUAGUUUAAUUGCACUGUAUUAAAAGUUUUGCAGUAAAA